AUGGUAUUCAAAUAUGGAUACGUUGUUGGUGAGCAUAUUGGCUCAAUGGCUAUAACUUCUGGAAUGAUAAUGCAGCCGUCACAUGUGCCAGAUGUAAUAAAUCUUUCUGUUACUAAUUCUUCAAGAUUUCUAUUAAUAGGGACAAAGUCAGAGAUUCUCGAAUGGUUAAAAUAUUACUCCAAGAUAAUUAUACAAACUUCAUUGUUCGACGAUCCAAAUGAAGCACCACAUAUAAAAAUCCCAGAUGUCGUAGUCGACUUACUUCCAUGCUAUAGCUCUGAAGCGCACACAAUCCAUCAAAAAUCUUUUCUGGAAACGAUAAACCCGCUUGCACAUCCCAAUCCAGCCACAGAACCUGUUCGUUUGGAAUUUCGCGCCGUGAAUACCAAGUUAGAUGAGGAAAUUAGCGAGCCAUAUUUUCGAUUGGUUGUGGAAAGGGGAAAAACGAUUGGCGAGAUUUAUAAUGCGAUCGUAAAUGCUUGGGAUCAAAUCGUGUACCCGAGUAUGCUAGAUAAUCUUGUGAAGGUAGCUACUGUUCCUGUGCAGGCUGUUAAAGAGGCAUUUAACAAUAUGUAA